AUGAUGGGGAAACUUCCCAUGGGCGUUGUCUCCCCUUCUGUGAAGAUGAGCUCAGGGGGCUGCUCCGACCCCCUGAAGUUUUACGCCACCAGCUACAGCACAGCCUACGGACGAGAUGAGUUCAAGCCCCGAAUGGGCAGCCACGAGGGCACAGGCUACCAAUCAAACUACCGUCCCCUGGUCACCUACCAGCCCAACAUGGAUACGGUGGACAAUCCGGCCAUGAGAGAACAGGUCCGAGACAGUUUGCAGACAGUGGCCAGCAAGAGCUACUGCCCCAUGGAGCUGCCCGAUGGCAAGGACCCCCUGCCCUGGAGCAUGCACCAGACCCCCUCGGGCUACGGGCGGGAGAGGCUCCACACGGGGGCCGUCACCAAGGAGGUCAGGAAGGUUCAUUUCGACACGCAGGACCACGGACCCAAGACCAUCACGGGGCUGGAGCCCAAGGAGGUGCCCCUGCUCCACCAGCAUUUGGAUAAGGGCUCCCUGGAGUUGGAGAACCUGCGCUACGGCCCACGGUUCAUGACCUCUGAGUACAACUCCAAGUACCUCAAAGAUGUUCCCCGCCAGCCAGAUAUCUUGCACAAAAUGUCUAUCGGCCCCAAGGGGGAGACCGGCUUCACCGAAGAGUCCACCACGAAUCCGAUUGUCUUCCAGCCACCGUCCCAGGUCCCCCCCGGAGACCCGAUCCUCCUCCCCAGCCGGAGUGUCACCAAGUCCGACUUCAUGCCAAUGGCUCACCCCCAAGGAAGUGACUUCCUCCCCAUGCUGGCCAGAGGCUCUGAGCGGGAGACAGGCUACAGCCGAGUGAAUGAGAGGACCCUGAACCCCAGAGUACCCCCACCGAGCCUAGAACCCAGCAGCCGGCAGUACCAGUCACCCCAGCGAGUACAACAGUCAAACGUCGCCAUGCUUGGCAGGGACAAUGUGGGGAGAAAGGAGCUCUCGGGGUUCACACUUAACAACCCCACCUACUUCCGGAGCUCCUGUGACCCCAACAGGGAUCAGCAUUACCUGACCACCUAUAACCAAGGGUACGUGGACAACACCCCCAAAGGUCGAGACUGGGAAAGCUGGACUCGGGGCGGCCCCCAGCCCCAGGUGGCAGGAAGCUAUCCCCUCCACAUGGAGGCCACCCCAAGCUCUGCAGAGUGCCAACGGCGCCUGAACCCCCACAUGACAAGAACUAUGACCUCAGCUGACCCCUUUUCCCGAGACCCACCGCAGGGCAGCUACCACCUGCCCUCCAGCUGAGCCUGAGCCCUGGCUGACCUUGCUUUCCUCCUUUCUCCCCAGUGACAGGAGCUGAGCUCUGCUCCCCACUCCCCCAACCCCACGGAGAGCCCCUCAGCUACUUUCCUAAGGAAAUAAAGAGCAUAGCCGCAAA